AUGGAUCGUCAAGUAAUAGGAAGGGGACGUGGGAGACCUACUAGACAACACCCAGAAGCGGGUGGUGAUAGGGAACCUGAGGUCAAUCAAGACCAAGGGCAAGAGGGAAUGGCCGGAAAUCAAGUGGCCACCGCAAUUAAUCGGAUCACUGAUGUCUUAGAGCGCUUGACUGAACACCAAUGCCCUAGACAAGUGCAUCACCAAGGAGUCCCAGUCGAUUCUGAGGAUCGGGCAUUAGAAAGAUUUCUGAAGUUCGGACCCCCCAAAUUUUAUGGAGGACCCGAACUGGAGGUAGCUGAAGGCUGGUGGGAGAGAAUCUCCGACAUUUUUGCAGCCUUAAACUAUGCGGAGGAGAGACAAGUGACUUUCGCCGCAUUCCAGUUUGAGGGAGAUGCUCGUUCCUGGUGGAACCUGGUUAGGGUUAACUGGGAUAGGAACCAUACUCCAAGAACUUGGGCGAACUUCACAAGGGAGUUCAAUGCCAAAUUUCUUCUACCUCUCAUCCAAGAGAAGAGAGAGGAUGACUUCAUCAAAUGUAGGCAAGGGGCGAUGAGCGUCGCCGAAUAUGAAGUCCAGUUUACAAAAUUGUCCCGUUUUACUCCUGAAUUGAUAGCCACGGAGCAAAGGCGCGUAAGGAAAUUUGUGCAGGGACUAAACGUGGAAAUACAGGAAGGAUUAGCUGCCGUGAGGAUAGACACUUUUGCCGAUGCUGUCGAGAAAGCCCAACGAGUUGAAGUAGCCAGAGCUCAAGUGAAAUCUUUUCAGGCUAAGAAAAGAUUUGCCCCAAGUAUUAGUCGGGAGCCGACUUACGAAAAUGCUCCACCGGCCAAGGUGGGACGAGGAACAAGCGGAGUGAAUAGUCCUGGAGCACCACGAGGCGCUCUAGCAAAAGGAGCUGGGGCAAGAAAUUCAGGGGGAAGAAAUAAUGGAGCUAGAGGGAGACCAAAUGGAAGAGGUCAACCUAAAAAUGUCUCACAAGGAGAUCGUGCGAUAACUUCACAGGCAACUUGUGGGUAUAGGAAGAGACCCGGCCAUACUGUGGAUGGUUGCUGGAGGAAACAAGGAAAGUGCUUGAAGUGUGGAAGCAGUGAGCACCAACUUUUCGGUUGGCCAAAAAUACAAGACGAUGAAAACCUGAAUGCUGGACCAGCCAACUCUAGAGGGAAUAGGCCGACAGUUCCCGCCAGGGUAUACGCUAUAGAUGACCAGUCUGUACCUGAUUCCUCGGAAGUCGUGGAAGGUACUCUUCCAAUCUUUCAUCGAUUAGUUAGAGUGUUAAUUGAUCCUGGUGCAACUCAUUCAUUUGUGAAUCCAACAUUUAUGUCCGAAAUUGAUGUGAAACCUGUUAGAUUACCCUUUGAUCUUGAAGUUAGGACACCAAUGGGUAAUAAGAAUAUAAUCACUAGCUUAGCCUAUAAGAAUUGUGAAUUCUGGAUUGGAGAGCGUAAAAUGCUAGUGAAUUUGAUAAGCCUGGAUAUAAAAGGUUAUGAUGUUAUUAUAGGAAUGGAUUUCCUAACUCAUCAUCAUGCUAAACUGGACUGUAGAGCAAAAGUGCUAGAACUUUGGAUUCCCGGGCCCUGA